AUGGUGGUCGCAACCCGGAUGACGAAUUACAUGAAGACCAUCAUGCCUUUCUCCAUGUUGAACAAAACGGUGAAGAAACAGAUCAACAGCCGGUUCGAACACAGGCUGUACUGCCUGGAACCGAAGCACGAGGUGUUCUCCCAGCACCCGAUGGUCAACAACGAGCUGGCCAACAGGAUCCUGUCCGGGACGCUCACCGUCAAAGCAGACGUGAAGCGCUUCACGGGGACUGGGCUGGAGUUCGUGGACGGCACGUCGGAGGACGACAUCGACGCCGUGAUCCUCGCCACGGGCUACGUGAUCGGGUUCCCGUUCGUCGACAACAACAGGGUGGAGCUCUUCAUGUAUAUGUUCCCGCCCGACCUGGCCAGACCGACUCUAGCCGUCAUAGGCUGCGUCCAGCCCAUUGGAUCCACGAUACCCAUUGCAGAAAUUCAGGGUCGCUUGGCGACAAGAGUUUUUAAGACAUACGAGAGAAAGAGGCUAAGAUGGCGAAGCGUUUUUGUCCAGACUCAGCGGCACACGAUCCAGGUGGGGUUCGUGGACUUCAUGGACCAGCUGGCGGAACUGAUCGGCUGCAAGCCAAACGUGUUAAGUAUGCUAAUGUCUGAUCCUAAGUUGGCCCUGAAAUGUUGGUUUGGACCCUGUAUACCGGCCCAGUACAGACUGACCGGCCCGGGGGAGUGGUCCGGUGCACGCGACGUAAUCCUGACGUCAUGGGAGCGGAUGCGCCACCCUUUGCAAACCAAGACACUGCCGGAAGGUCCGGAAACCUGCAAGAGUUCUCUGCCCACCAAGCUCAUCAUCAUGGUCGUCAUCUUGGCGAUGUUGUAUAUGUUUCUUUUCGGAACUUGUUGUUCGCAACAUCAUUCACAUGAUUAAUAUAAUUAUUUAAAGGCGCAGAACCAUGUUUCAGCACGUGGAAUUGGACACUAAAUCUGAAACACAUUUGGAUAAAGUUAUAACAGAGAGAAACUAAAAUAUGUGAUGUUUAAACGGGGAAAUACCGAUUAUAACUAUUAAAAAUAACUAGAUCUUGUCUCGACAACCAUUACUUCUCAGACGAACGUGCGUUUUUAGAAUUAUGAGAAAUGCAAUUUUGGGGUAUUAUAAAAACCUGGAUGACCAGAACCACUUCAGGUGUACGAAAAUGAAUAUUCUAAAUAAUAAAAUGGAAGUACUUCUAAUUUAAAUUAUCAGAAACGGCUUUAAUAGUAAAAACAAUACGUCGUAAUGUUUAAAAACUAGGGUCUGUCGCUUUAAUUGUUUAUUAAAUAUGUCAAAUGACAAUGGACAUAAAACGGUGCAGUGUUAAAAUAUAUCGCCAUGUAGCCUUAAUAGGAUUAUCAAACACACAAAACAUUCUAAUACAGGUAUCAAAAAUAAAAUAUUACUUUAUACCAUAAAACUAUGCAGAAAUUGAGAAUGCAGAAAUGAAAAACGAAUUAAAAUACAUAAUCGUAUUAAUAUCACUUCUGCUACUAAUAAUUAUUAUAGUAAUAUCAACGAUAAUAAGAAUAUUAUAUAUAUCCAUAUCCAAUUCCAUAUCCAUAUCAAUCAUCCUGUUUCUCAUCGAAGUAUAUAUCCACUCCACGGAUAUCGACAGUUAGAGACUAAAUGAUGUUGACUGAAGUUAACCUACUGAUGAAUGUGGUUUUAUCGCUAUUAAAGACAGACUCUGUGCGCUCGUUCGUCACUGUAUGCGUGUUAUCAGUUGAAAUUAAACAGUGGUUUGGCUUGUAAAAACAUGUGUAUAUUCAUAAAUGGUAUUAAUGUAAUCCAGAUCGCUCAAACUCGCGGCGCCCUUUUCAGCCAUUUGUCCUCAAUUUAAAAACAAUUUUUUUUUUUUUUUAAAGUUGGUUAAAAUAUUCAUAUGGUUGACCUAUUUUGACAACUUUCCUUUAUUAAACAGAAAUACACUAUUGUAUUUAAGAAAUACCUAUUUUAACUAAAUUAGUUAUUAAAUAGAAAUAGUACA